AUGCACAAACCGUCGUUGGCACAGAUUGUGCACAGCGCGACCUUCCCACGCCCGCGCACGAGCGACCCGGCGACGUUCUCGGCUCACAUCACUCGUAACCUAGUCCCUGAAGUUCGUAUCGAGACCUCCACCUUCUAUGGGUCGCUAGACAAAGUUGAGGCUCAAUACCCGGGCCUAGAUUAUUCGUACGGACCCCAUCGCAUGCGGCUCAGUCGGUUCCCGUGGCAUCGUCGACUGUUCAGAGUCUUCGACGAGCUAGGAUUGACGGAGGCGGAGAUCUCUUCUCUGUGUCGCUGGGAGGGUACCAAAUCGGCUCGCGAGCGCUACGAGAAGGAGGAAGGCGUCAAGGUGGAAGAUACCACGGCCGACGGCGUCCGACCCGCCUCGCCCGCUCCGUUACCUUCGAUCGAAAUCCAUUACGAAGAUGGUCCCGAGCGGGUCCGAGAACAAGAGCCCAAGGAGGAGAUCUACGAGGACGUCGUGCGCCCCGCCGCUGUCGCCGCCACCGAUCGCGACGUUGAAUGUGAGAUACAGGCACUGAAGGUGGAGGAGGAAUCGAGUGACGAGGAGAUGGAGAGCUGCGGAGUGGAGCUGAACCACCGUCUCCUGGCAGCCAGUGCUGCUCGCGAGCAGGGCGCAAAUGUGCCUCUCGACGAGGAUUGGGAGCAAUGGUUAAAGGAAGCCGGAGAACGCGGAAGCUACACCGACGUGCUCAGUGCGAUUCGAACGGGUCAGCCGUUGAAUAUCUUGUACGACAUGUCCUCCUCCGUGCCCCAUCUGGGAACGCGACGAUGUUCUGAAACGAUCGCCUUGCUGCCCCUUCCAAUCGCCCUGUCGUCAUCGCCCCUCGCUAUGAUCAAGGCCAUUUUCUACAGCAAAUUCGACACGCAAGAGGGCCCCAAGGUCGUUCACCAAGUUCCUGAUGGAGCUAUCGUCCCCUCCAGCACGGCACCCUCGCAGCCGCUCUUCCUCACCUUCUCCGACGUGUCCUUCUUCGUGAUCCCUCGCCAGGAGCUCUGCGGAAACCUCAUUCAAGUGUGCACCAACGGCUACCGCAUUCUGGGCUAUCCCAUCUGCAUGAAAUCCCUCCGCUACGAUCGAAAUGAAUUCAUCUUCAAUUUUUGCCUGGUGCUCGCGGAGGAAGAAGACUUCAGCACGUACAAGAGCGUCGUUCAGAAACUGGCGGAUUUGAUGCAUGGGCUGGAGGAACAGAAUGGGUUUUUGUCUCGAGACCAUUCCAAGAGCGGCGAGGGGAAGGUGUACAGUUUGUGCGAAACGCUGAUGGAGGAUCUGAAUAAUUACUGCGAGAGCAUGAUUCCAAUCGACGACCUGAACACCUUGAACGUCAAACUGUUCCCCGUCUAUCCUGCUCCCCCGUCGGUUCGAGCCUGGCAGGUCCCCCUGUUCACAGUCCGGUACCAGGCCUUUAUGGACGAGAACUGGGAUCUGACAAUGCAACGGAUCGUGCCUCACAUCAACGGUGUCAAUAGCGUCCGCAUUAUCUCCAUCCUCGCGGACACCGACUUCUCCCUGACUUGUCGCGCAAUCCGCCACCUCCUAUACUAUGGCUGCCUCUUCCUCCUCGACAUUUUCUCCUUCUCCGCCAUCUACGCUCCCACCGCUCAAUUCAGCGCCACCAUCGCCUCCGACGAAGACAUGCAGCGCGAAUGCGCCCGCUACGUCAACGCUACCUUCGCCUCCCCAACCACAGCCUCUACCAACUUCGACCCCGACCUGCCCCCACGACACAACGACCCCGACGCCGUCUGGCCGCCCAUCGGUGACCCCAUCCCCAUCGACCUCGCCAGCACAGACGGAAGCCCGCGCCCCGUCAGCCCCAGCACAACAUCCAAAUCCGGCUCCACCGCACGCGAAGACCACCCCCCCCGUCGCCACCAAACAGGGACAUCCGCCGUAACAGAAGACAGCACGAACGGCGCCAUCACCAGCACCAGCACCAACACCAGCCCCGUCGUCGACGGCGUCUCCAUCAUCGAGCUCUACGCCAGCCUGAAACAAGGCCAAAGCGUGAAACAAUGGUACAUCCAACACAGCCGACAGCUGGCGCACAUCGACAUCCGACGCUUCAUCACCUUCGGCGUCAUCAAAGGCUUCCUCUACCGCGUGCACAAAUACGCCAUCGCCACGGGCAUGCCCGCCCCGUCCUCCAAAUCCUCUCACUUCCACCACCAGCACCUCCACAACUACCCCACCAGCGGCCCGUCCUCGCGCGGCCCCGGCACCGGCACAAAUAGCCCCUACGCGUCCAGCGUCGGCGACGACCCGGCUCCCAUCGCCGGCGGCGGCGACCAGGCCACGUCUCUGCACAGCGGCAGUCGUCCGGGCACGGUGGUGGUGGUGGACGACGAGGACGACGAGGAUUUCAUCGACGAUAAGACCCUGUCGAAGUUUCUGGACGGGAUGCACUGUUUCGAUCAGAUCUGUACGGAGCUGGAAAUCAGUGAGAAGGAGCUGACGGGGCGGUUGAAGCGCUAUCCCGGGGAGGUCUUGAUUGUACAUCGAUAG